AUGUGUUAUGUUAUAGUUACGGGUAGAAGUUUAGCAUGGCUUUUGUUAAGUCUUGCAGCUUUUAUGUUGAUAUUGACUGGUAUAAUGACUCCUAAAUGGUUAAUGGGUCAGCCUGUGGUCCUCAAUGAUAAUAAUAUUACAAAGUUUUAUGCCCGAGCGUCGGUAUUUACAAUAGAUGUAUCCGCAUGAGAAAUGAUCAUAACAACUGCGCAUCAUUCUCGUUCUAUGGACUUGCUACUGAUGCUGAAGUAUACCCGACUCCAUGGAAGGCAUCUAUGUUCUUUUUAUCUCUAUGUGCAGCCAUACAAUUCGCAACAGUUUUAGCCGGUGUCAUGGCCUGUUGUGUCCAAUCUGUGUUCAAGAAAAGUGUUAUUUCAUUGGCCGGAGCCACUCAAGCUCUGGGAGGUCUCUUUGGAGUACUAGGUCUGCUCCUCUACCCCUGGGGGUGGGGUGCUACCCGAGUGAAGAGGCUCUGUGGUGAAAACUCAGAACCUUACAUACCUGGCGACUGUUCUAUUGGUUGGGCUCUCUUUGUGACAGCUACAGGUGUCGCUCAAAUAUUCCUCGCGAGCGCUCUCUCUAAAACAGCAGACAAGGCAGCUAACUCCGAUAAGGUCCAAUUCCAAAUGGAUGAAGGCAAACAAUUGAUAUGUUUAGCUUGA